AAAAGCAUAAAUAAACGAAAAUCAGAGAGAGCUGAGGAGCCCUAGCUUCAGCUGGUCACCUUCUCCAACUCGCCGCUGUAUCUCCACAUCUCCCCCAACAUCCACCCUGCAGACGAUAGAAGUUUUUUCUAUUCUUCCGAGAUGGUUAGUACUGAAGAUUUGGAUGCCGAUGAUGAUUUCAGUGAAAUAUACAAGGCGUAUACUGGCCCUGUGAGUUCCAAUCCUCCAAAAGAACAAGAUAAAGCCACAAACAAAAGAUCCCUUGCUGGGUCAGAUGAAGAGGAGGAAGCUCGUGACCCUAAUGCUGUCCCAACAGAUUUUACUAGCCGCGAAGCAAAGGUUUGGGAAGCUAAAUCCAAAGCUACAGAGAGGAACUGGAAAAAGAGAAAAGAGGAGGAAAUGAUUUGUAAAAUAUGUGGCGAAUCAGGCCACUUCACCCAGGGUUGUCCAUCUACACUUGGGGCAAACCGCAAGUCCCAAGAUUUCUUUGAGAGGGUGCCUGCGAGGGACCCUCACAUGAGAGCUUUAUUCUCAGAAGAUGUAUUGAAGAAAAUUGAGAAGGACAUUGGUUGUAAGAUCAAGAUGGACGAAAAGUUUAUCAUUGUCAGUGGCAAAGAUAGGCUGAUUUUGAGAAAAGGUGUCGAUGCUGUUCACAAAAUUAGAGAAGGAGGCGACAACAAGGCUUGUCAAAAAUUUCAUGGAGAGGGUGAGAACAAAGGGGCUUCUAGCUCCCCUGUUUCGCGUGCCAAGUCACUUGAACAUAGAAGUCCUCAUAGCUCUAGAAUGGGACGAUCGGGUUCCCAGAAGUCCAAUUCGAGCCCUCACAAUGCUCCACAUAUCCCACAUAGGUAUGGUAGACAAGAGAGAGUCAUGGAAGACCAUGUUCGUCAAGAUAUUCAGAAAUUGUCAAGUGGGUCUCCCCAUGCGAGAGGUAAGUUCUUAGGCUCAGGUGUUAUGUUCGAUUCUGAUAUUACUUUCGUGGUGGUUCUGAAUUGAAAUGGAUGGUCUCCCAAAAAUUGAUUUUUUAAUUCAAAGCGUAUCAAGUCUCGUUUGCCCCCAGAUGGAUACACUAUAGAUAGUGUCAAGCUUCAAGAAUUCUUAGAGAUGUUGAGAAAACAUGGAAGUGCUUAACAAAAAUCUUCCUUUGGUGAAGCUUAUGUUAGUGAUGGAGUUAGAGGUCAACCAAGUCGUUCCAAGUCUCCCGCACGUCCCUCGUACUAUGGAAAAUCCUAUAACAAUUCGUACGGAGACCACACUCACAACAGAGGUGGCAUCAGGACAGAUGGCUGGAAUUCUGAUAGAGGCAGAUUAAACAUGCAAUCGGAUCACCCUAACUUUAACUAUCCUCCCUUUCCCCAGACUCUGGAGGAUUUAGAGUUACAGUAUAAAAGGGAGGCCAUGGAACUUGCAAGGAUUCGAGACACAGAAGAAGAUGAAGAAAAUUGCAAGCAUCGUGAGGCUCUUAGAGAAAUAUGGGAAAGUCACACAAAAAAGGCAGCUACACUGAUGGGAACACAUGCGAAUAUGUGGGACGAAUUUCUUCGAGUGGAGGGCCAGAGGAGGCAAGAAACACGCCUGCAAGUUCCUGCAGUGGGUUUUGGUGGCUACAAGCAAUCGGGUUAUGUCGAACUAAAUACUUCUUCUGGAAAUCCUCAUCAUUCAGGAGAUGUUAUGCACUCUAGGGGCCGAUACCCUAAUGCUGUUGACCAUGGUUACCCUUAUGAAGACUUUCAACGUCAAAGGCGAGAUGACUUUGGGAGACCAUAUCACAGAUACUAAAUUGGUUGUUGGUUUUGAACUUUGGUGAGUUUCCAAUAGGGAUAUCCAGGUUAUUGAGGUAUUGAAUGCAAUAAUUUGGAAGUAUGGGUCUGUAUAUUUAUUCUUAAGUGCACUCGCAAUCUGAAUUACCUGCUUCCAAAAACAUUUCAGGAUGUAGUUGUUGCUUUGGUUCAAGUUUUAUUCCAUGGGAGCUAUCUGUCUAAGGGGAUUUGAAUGCGUGGCAUUGGUGCCAAAGUUAUUGGAGAGCAGGUGUUUGUAGAUCUAACUGAUGUUGAAAAUGUUUACGGCCUCACCUUGAACUCUUAUGGCUGCUGGGUUUUAUCAUUUAUGAAGGCAGAUUUACCAUUUCAUGUUUAUAUUGUGACAUGGAUUGCUUGGAUGUGUUGCACGUGUGAUUUAUUCAACCGAUCAAUUAUGAAUGAAUUGGAAUGCUGGUUUGGACUGUCAAGCUAUGACAAGUUCCUGCAUGUUCCUGAAUCCUGAUUAUAUACAGAAGAAAUAUGAG